UUUAAUUUUCCAUUGGAUCCCAGUUUACGACGUCACUCAGACCGACGACGUGAAACAUUUUCAUGUUUUUAUCUUGUUGAUUUAAGCUGACGUUAGUCACCCUUCACUGGUUAGCUGAUAUUCCUGCACAUUAACUUUGGCUUCUUGUUCCCCAGAGAAGCCAUGAGGGAUCUUCCUAACCCCUUGGUUUUGUUUGGCAUCGGAUCCAGUUUCGCUUUCUCUGGAAUGUUUUAUAAUUUUUACCGGGCCAAGAAAGAAGAAUUGCGAAAGAUAAAGGAAAUACCCUUUUACAAACUAGAUCAACAUUUGUUAAAAUUACUAACGUCAGAUACUCUCAAACGAUUCCAAUACAUUGGUGUAGACGGUCUGGUCCAACCAGAUGGGGAGCCGCUGGCCAGCGAGUUUGUUCCUCGAAGCUUCGGGGUUGUCCAGAAGAUAUCAGAAGAGGAACACUGGGAGACCUGGAACUCUCUGACUCUAACAUGGGACUCACAGAGCCCCAACCGAAAGGAGACCGACCACACGGUCCCCUUCAGCCUGGUGGCGCCGGGGGGGCCCACCACCGCCAGUGGGAGCGACGGUGACGUCUACGUGAAGGUCCAGAACCCCCUGGAGGCCACGGGCCUGGACCUGGACCUGGUCAACUGCCAAGGCAGCUGCGUCAUAGAGGGGGGCUUGUCGGCUGCAACCCCUCAGGAUCUGAGCAACUUGAGGUUCUUCCACAAGUCAAGGACCGAGGCGAUGCUGCUGGUCGGCACCACCGUCACGGGCUUCGGGGAGCUGGUCCUGGGCUGACCCGGAGAGGGGGGGAGGGUGAUGAGGCUACAGGCGCCGCAGGACGGCCGUCCGUACGUCCUGCUGCGUACUGACUAUAAGAGCUACGUGGAGCGGCACGAGAACUCCGCCUCCAUGUGGAAGAAGCUGGCGGUGGGGUGCGGCGCCAUCGGAACCGUCUGUUUGGCGGAAACCCUCUACGACCUCCUCCAGAAGCACAAUGAUAAACGAUAAAUAGCCCGUGAUUUCUUUUUAAUGAUCUGCCUUUUGCGGGUAAAGUCACCCAAAACGGUGGGUGUGAGUCGUGGCUGGUUGUUGAAAUUAGUUGGAUGGACCAGUUGAUGUAAACAAUUAAUAAGAGAUUCCAGGUGAGAAUGGCCUUGUCUGAGGUCAACUGUGGAUUACCCCGGGCCAGGGGAAAGGGUUCGACUGCCAUUGUAUUCACCCACACACUGUUGUAAGGCUUUGGAUAAUAGCGCACACUAAAUGACAUUCAUUAGUUAUAAUGGCAACCAAAAUGAUUUAAACCGUGAUAAUACUGUAUUCAUUCCUUUCCUCAUACCUUAUCCCCCAUAAAUAAAUCACUAGGAUCCCAUGUCUUGAGCCAUGUGUCUCAUAAGAAUUAUAAUAGUGUCCGACAGGGUUAUAUUACAAUUGUUCUUACUUAUUUAGCUAUAUCUUCAAUAAGUAACUACGAUUUUUCCAACACGGUGUUCAUGUGAAUGUUUCUUCCUCCUUAUCAUUAUUGAAGAAUAACAUGGUGGCGUUAAGUAUUUCUGAUAGGAAUGGUUAAACUAUUGUGUAUCCAUUAAGACUGAAAACAAAACAUUUCAAAGUUCCCGUACUUUAAAGGGAAAUUCCAUAAUUAAAAGAAAAACAUGACAUGGCAUGAAAAGGUGUAGUCUCUCCUGGGUUGAGUGGGCUACUCAAAGGGCCCAGAAUCAAAUAUCAAUGGUCACAAUGAUGCACACCGCUGCUUGCUAGCUUCUACAGUUUAGUGCAACAAUGCAUGCCCAAACUCAGGCCUAUAACCAUACUGCUGUUACUCCAUGUUGUGUUUUGUCGAGUGCCAAUUUUGAUUCAGUCAAUGGGAAUUGUUUCUACCUGGAUUGUAGUUUUCUUUUGACAGUGUUAAAAGCAUGAAAUAAACAGAAUGACUACA